AUGAAGGACAAAGUGUUACGUGCAGCCUGGGCGAAGAAGAUCAUCUUUGACGGUAAAGUUAUUACGUUUGCCAAUGACAUGCCCACGGAGAUAAACAAUAAAAUGAAGGAAUACAAGGACAUUAAGAAGUCUCUUAAAGAAGCAAAGAUACGCUUUCAGACACCGUAUCCUGCGAAACUGAGAGUCCAUUGGGAGGACGGCCCACGCGUGUACAAGACAGCGAAAGAGGCGGCGGAGGACGCGAGGAAGAGGGGCCUUUCUGUGGAGAUCCCCCGCUCUUCAGAUACGGACUGGGAGCAGGUACUCACUCGAGAUACGCAUUGGAACAAGGCUGGGAACACUCAUACUGAGCGAGUACGGGAAAGACUGCGUGUGUUUCAGAAUGACUAG